AUGAACCAGGUGAAUAACACCUUUACACAGCCAUCCGAGUUUGUCAUCGUGGGCUUCCCAGGUAUCCAGCCUGAGUACUAUAACCUGACGGCCUGGUUGUUCCUCUUCCUCUAUGUGAUCACGGUGGGGGGCAACUCCCUGCUGGUGGUGCUGUUUGCUGUGGAACACAGCCUCCAGAAACCCAUGUACAUCAUCAUGGUCAGUCUGGCCCUGUCUGACAUCGGCUUCGACACUGCAGCCCUGCCGAAAAUCAUCGCUCGUUACUGGUGGAACGACGGGUCUAUCAGCUUCUACACCUGCAUCAUCCAAACACAUAUAAUCCACUACUUUGGCACCUUGAACUCCCUCAUCAUGAUGACCAUGGCCCUGGACCGCAGCCUGGCUAUCUGCUUCCCUCUCAGGUACCCUGUGUUGAUGACCAAUAGGAUCAUGACAGGCAUAUCAAUCGUUUCCUGGCUGGCAGCCAAUAUCACCCCUGGUGUCGCCGCCUCCGACUAUUCCCGGCUGAUCCCUUACUGUAAACCCAACAAGAUCCUGCAUAUCUACUGUGAUACGGUCUCUCUCAACCUGGUGGCCUGCGGAGAUAUCUCUCCCAUCGUGCUGAAGACCGUCUCAGUGGCCAUGUUGGUCCUCCUUGGGCCCCUGUCCCUCAUCAUCUUGUCCUACGCCUGUGUCAUUGUGACGGUGAUGAAGAUGGCCACCUUACAGGGCCGGCUGAAGACCCUGUCUACCUGUGCCACUCAAGGGCUAAUCAUCUUCAUCUACUACAUCCCCCGUUUCUUUGUCUAUUCCGCCCUCCUCCUCCCGUCCCUGGUGAUGACCUCUGACCUCCGCAUCGGCACAACUGUCUUCUACAGCCUCUUUCCCCCUCUCAUCAACCCCUUCAUCUACUGCCUCAGGACAAAAGAGAUCAGGCAGUUGCUCAGACGCUGGGUCCAGCGUCGGACAAGCAAUGCCCUGCAGAAGACCAACACAGUCUCUUCAAUCACUAAAUAACACACACUAGGAUCAGAUGUGACAUAAAGGUGUUUUC